AUGGGUCGGCUCCAUUUCACGAGAUACAAUGAAGAGGAUAACGAGAGCAUUCCCAGAGACAUUGACUUGGCCAGCAGCACAGGUUUCAACCAGAGUCGCGGCCUCCCGGCUUUGAAUCGCAGUGCGUUCGAGCACAAUCUGAACCAAAGUGGCUUCGACCAGAGUUUCAACCGAAGUGGCUUCGAUCGAAGUCUCAACCGCAGUGGCUUUGAGCGAAGUCUUCGCGUUGAUAAUGUUCAGGUCUCGGCCAUUCCGAUCCUCGGACGAGUGGACAACCCGCUCAUGAGCUCUGUAGUGAUCAUGAAUGGAGGGGACUCUGCCGUCCACAGUCCGACGUGGAGAAAGCGCGAAGGCGGUGAUGGUGACGACGAGUCCGCCCUGCCAUUUCCAGCAUUAUCGAGGAAGUUCGAGGUCAAUUUGGUGUCCCGAUGGCACAUGGGAUUGCUGGUGUCCACAGGGUUUGCCGGUAUCCUCACGACGUGUCUGAAACGCGGCGUUCUCCCUCUACUCGAGGCCGAACUGAAGAUGCAACCGUAUCAGGUGGAUGCUGCGUCCGUAUUGGUCCUUUUACCGUGGUCCUACUGCUUCAUUUGGGGCCUCAUUUCAGAUGCAGUUCCAAUUCUAGAAUCUAGACGCAAGGCGUAUAUAAUUCUAGCGUGGAUGACGACAAUGCUCGCAUGUUUUGCGAUGGCUCUGGCGGACCAAUUUAUUUCGUAUCGCGCCGAGGAGAACGACAUCACUACUGCAGACUUUUUAAGGCAUUCGGACGGUCUGAUGGACCUGUACAUGGUGUUUCUAAUGAUGGCCAACUUCGGAUGCAUUGUGGCACUUGUCAUCGGACAGACGUACGUGAUCGCACAGACUCGCAAAGAACGCAUGACCGUGCGCGGGACAGCGCUCGGGACGCUGCUCAUUACGCAGUUCCUGGGCGAGUUUAUCGGCCAAGUCAUCGCUGACUACGCCAUCUUCGACGUGUCAGAUCUCAGGGCCACUCCAAAGGUGACACUGCGUCAAACGAUGCUCUUCUUUGUAUUCUACACGGUCAUCCCGCUGAUCGCGCUCUGCACCUGCUUCUUCGAGAAGCCGGACCCGCCUCCGAUCAAUGCCGCGCGUGAUCGCUACAAUCGCGCUACUAUCGAGAACCUGGAGACGUCGGCCUCGGAGCUGCAACGCGCUUACAUGACGGCUGCGAACUUCUACCAACGCGUCAAAUUAGCUCUACGCGGCCACUGGAUCCGCCUGCGCAGCGCGCUAGGCAAAGAGUCGACGUCGCGGGUCAUGCGCUUCCUGAUUGGCUUUAUUUUCAUGUCCGAAUUCUCACUGACAUAUCCGACCAAUCGGAUCGAAGAAUGGUGUGGCAUGAACGCCAAGGCCGCGUCCAUGGGCCAGACUAUGAUGCAGGUGCUCUCCGUGCUAGCUGCGAUCCUCUGGAAGUAUUUCUUCUUGAACUGCGACUGGCGCUGGUGCGUCUUCUCGAGCUUCAUCAUCAUCACCAUGACGCCCCAGUUCGUGUACUACACGAUGGCUACACUCAACCCGGGCGCGCGGAAUAUCGAUAUCUACGCGAUUGUAUCGUCUCUUACGGGGUUUAUCCGCGGUGUUAUUGUGAUUUUAAAGCUUGCCAUUACCGCAGAGAUCGCGCCUGUAGGCGGUGAAGGUGCUUUCGUCGGUAUUGUCGUCUCCAUGGCGUCGAGUAUGGGGCAGAUGGCGAACACGGUCUCUAACGCCAUUGGCUUCAUGUUUAAGGACAUCGACGACUCUGUCAGCUCGCGAGCAGACCCAGACAGGAUGCAGGUGGCGUUUGCGCUGGUUUUAUCGCACAUUAUCCAGGUUCUCGGCCUUGUGGCACUGGUCUUUUUGCCAAAGCAAAAGCGGCAACUGCAGCGACUGCACCGCUUCGGCAACAGAGACGACAAAUGCACCACGUGGUGGAUCAUCGGCUGUCUCGCAGUUUCGUUCAUCGUUAGCACAAUCUUCAACGCGUUGGCCAUCGCGCCCACGACGUCGUGCAUGGGGAUUGUCGGCGGCAGUGGCUGUUAG